AUGUUGGUCUACAAUAAUCUGAAGACUCAAUUGGAGGAAGAUCAGUUUCUAAGCCUACUCACAGGAUUAUCUGGCAAAAAGCUUUAUUUCCUUGCUAAUGAUCGUAAGGAAGAUUCAGUUCCUUAUCACAUGCCCCCAUCCAUAGGCUGCUUCAGUAUCCUCACCACAUGGCAGCAGGCUUCCCCCAAAGCAGAGUGGACGAUUCUUCUAGCUAACCCUAUGAGCUUUGAAACCACAGCAAUCACUUUCUUCAUCCUCCUUCUAAUUUGCUUCAUUUGCAUCCUCCUUUUAUUGGUGGUUUUUUUAUAUAAAUGUUUCCAAAGCAAGAAAGAUGAAGAGACAGAAAAAAGUCCUUGUACAGAUGCUAAUGGAGGUGAAGAUUGUUUAGCUGCUAAUGCGGAGACAAACAAUUCAGGAGACCAACAAAAGACUAUCCUAACACCAAUCACGGACUUAAACGCACCCAUGAGGCCUGGCAUUCUUGUCCAGAGACGGAGUAAAGAAGACACACCCUUAGAAAACAAAGAGAACAUAGAAGAGGAGGAGGACAAAACAAAAGAGAAGCAAGAGCCUAAGAAUGCUGGAGGAAAUGGUGAAGAGGAGAUCGAUGAAGAUUUGCAAAAACCACCUACACCUCUCACUAGAACUCCUUCAGGUGUUGAAAACCACAAAAGACCUUUAAAAGGAGUGACAUUUUCUAGGGAGGUAAUUGUUGUGGACCUUGGGAAGGAAUACCCGAUACCUCGAAGCUAUACUCGAGAACAUAAAGAGAGAAAAUGA